AUGUCUCUAGCUCUUGAGCAUAUCGAUGCUUGUGUGCCAACAUCAGCAUUGAAAGCACUGUCAUGGGGUGGACGGAACUUCAUUCUCCAGGGCCAAGGUCCUUUUAUACACCUCAUCGAAGAUGAAUCUGGAGAUGUGGUGACGCGAGUAAAGGUCUUCAAGCGCAACCAUUUACAUGGAUUCAUCUCGCUUUCCGAAGAGCAAGAUCAGACUGCCCAAGACCAUGUCCGUUUCAUAGCUUGGGGUGGUGAGUCAGUACGGGUUGUUGAUUUGAGAUCAACUUUGAAUGAUGGAAUUGUUUUGUCUGUCUCUUCUGCGGAAUUUCUCGCCCCAGAUUGGAUCAUGAGCGGCUGUGCGGCUUUGAAGAAUGACACUGCAUACUUGAUCACCGCCAACAAUUCACUAUUGAGCUUGAAGUUGACUCAGAGUAUCAAAUCUCCGGGUCAGACCGUGGUAGAUAUCUACCAACUUGCAACAAGCGUCAAGUCAAUUCUGUGUUCAGCUCACCUCGUUGCGCUUUCGCCUACUCACGUGCUUAUUGCCUCUGGAACCAUCUUUGGAGAGAUUAUUGUUUGGUCUUGCUUUAUUGAUGGAACCGAUGCCGCACACACUAAGGGAUUUGCAUCGAUCCACCACUUCUUUACUGGACACGACGGAACUGUUUUCGGUGUGCAAAUCUCGCCUGUUAUCCCAUCUAUGAAAGAUGGAAAGCCGGGCCGGGUUAUGGCCAGUUGCAGUGACGAUCGAACUGUGCGAAUCUGGGAUAUCUCUGACUGUGAGCAUAAGUCUCCCCUUGAUCCAUCAGCGUACUCCACAGACGGCUUCGAUCUUCGAAGCACAGGCCUUGGUGCCACUUAUGGAACCGAUUCUGGAACCGGCUCCGAGUCUUGCAUAGCCCAAGAAUUUGGACACUCUGCACGCAUCUGGAGUAUCAGAUUUCGAUCAAAUAUCUCGCCAGAUUCAAAAAAGAUUGGAAUGGUGACCCGUAGUGAGGAUGCUAUGUGCAUUGCCUGGGAUUUGAUGUGGGAUUCGCCGUCUCCGGGUGUCACAAGUUACAAAUUACACAAGGAUUUCUCUUCGCACGCACAUCUCGGGAAACAUAUAUGGUCGAUGGACGUUUGCCGCCGCGGCGACGAUACCGUGGUUUAUACCGGUGGUGCUGAUGGUGCAUUGAGGAGCUUCAAAAUUGAUGAAAUCCGACGUUCUCCGACAAUUGCAAUGCCUCUGGAAAGGUUAAAGAGUGCCAAGACUAGUUGCGUCCAAUAUUUCGCCUUCUUGGGUGAGGAUUGCCUCAUUAUGUGCGACAAGGCAAGCAAGCUCCAGAUUGGACACGUGAGCCCGGGGCUUGAUGCUGAGAUUGCAUGGGAAGCUUUGGACAACAUUGAAGACAUUGGCCCGAUUUCUCUGAUAAGUGGAAUUCCCGAGAAAGGUCUGGCAUUGAUAAGUGAUCCUCGCGGCAAAGUACGGCUGUACAACCACAAUCUCAAAUCGGUCUCCGAUCUAAUUGAAUUGCCCGGGCGGCCCAUGGAAAUUUUGAUUAUUCGAUGCAAUGGUGAAACUGAAGGUUCACGCUCAACGUUUUCCUUUGUUGCUUCUUACGCUAAGAAGGAGUUCACAACAUUGGUGACUAUCUCCGAGUGGACCAGUGAUCGCCCUCGGGUAGAGGCCAUUUCAGUUACUUUACCCAAGUUACCUUAUGAUGUUGCCUCCGCGUCCCUUCUAAGUAACGGAGAAUAUUUGUUGCUAGGGUCUAGACUGGGUGGCUUAUCAGUACACCGGGUCGCAGGCGCCGAGAUUUCCACUCAUUCUCUUUUUGUUGACUGGCGUGUGCAUGGUCAUCAAGGUACCAACCAUAUCCAAACGAUUUCUUCAGCGAAGGCUUCGGACGGCUCGGAUUUGGAGUAUGUCUUGUCAUGUGGGCGUGAUGGAAAAUACUGUGUCCAUGAAGUUAAGAUUGGCAAGGAAAGAGGUGAUGCGAUCACCCUGACCACCGUGCACCGGACUGAAUCGGCGCUUGGUGGAAACAUUGAGGGAGCAUACUUUGAUCAUCUGACAGGUGAUUUGAUGAUGUAUGGCUUCAGAUCCCAAGACUUUGUGCUGCGAAACGAGACAAGACAAACAGAUAUUACAUCGAUCGGAUCAGGAGGCUCCCGCAGGCCCUGGGACUUUCAAUCGCGUAUCAACGGUGCAGAUGGCGAUCUUCUUGUUUGGAGAGAAGGUGCUUCUCUUGCUAGUCAAAGGAUUAGACAUGAUUUGAAUUCCUUGGUUCGUGCUGGAGGUCAUGGAAGGGAGAUCAAGGCGAUGGACGGCCUGCAAGGCGCCAAUGACAUGCCACCUCUUUUUGCCAGUGGCGCAGAAGAUACCGCGAUCCGGAUUUCCACAAUUUUGGACUCGGCCAAUGCAGGCCCAUGGGGAUCUGUGCAAACUCUUCGUGUCUUGAGCACCCACGGAUCUGGCGUCCAAGAAGUUUCGUGGUCAAACUGUGGCAAAUACCUUUUUUCAAGUGCUGCUUGUGAAGAAUUCUUUGUUUGGGGGGUACGCUGGGUUCCUUCAUUUGGAGUCGCUACAAUUCUGGCGGCAGUUUGUCCAAAGGAUGACCCAGACUCCGAGCUGCGGAUUACAAGCUUUGACGUGGUGGAUAUAGCAGAUGAAGGAGAAGAAUCUGGAUUCCUUCUUUGUCUCACGCUCUCCAACUCGUCAAUCAAGAUCUUCCACUACUCACCACACCAAAACCACUCUUUCACACUUUUAGCCCGAGGGAAAUACAUGACGAACUGUUUAACGCAGUGUCGAUUUGUUGUCCAAGACUCUUCCGUGAAACUCAUGACAGCCGCUACAGACGGAUACUUCACUCUUUGGGAUCUGACCGAUACCCUUCAACCAUUUUACACCAUUAAAUCAUCCUCCCUAAAGGCCAAGGGACGACUCGAAUCUUCUACAAUUUCUCCUGGCGAAAUCACUUGUGAGGAUCGGCAUCAAGUCCAUUCUAACAGCAUCAAAGCCAUGGAAUUAAUUCCGUUGUCUGAGACAACAACGAUGGUUUUGUCUGGUGGUGACGACAACUCGUUGGCAAUAUCACUUCUAAGAUCUUCCCCGCAGCCAACAACUGACACAGAUACGACCAUUUCGACGAUCUCAAUUCCGGAUGCGCAUGCAGCCUCAGUCACAACCAUCAAAGUGCUGAGCCAAACAAGCUCUCAGGUGAAAAAUACCGGCACCGGCACUGAUACUGUGAAUAUAAUUGUAGCCUCAUCCGGAAAUGACCACCGAGUCAAGAUGUGGUCGAUCUCGGCCUCUGUCUCUGGAUCGUCUUCGGGAAGUGUCGAAGUUCACUUCCUUCAGGACAAAUACAGCCCCGUGGCUGAUAUCUCGUCAAUGUGUCUUGUCCGAGGUGGGGUUAACCCAGACGAUCAUACUGAUACCACGCUGCUCGUAGGUGGCGUUGGCGUUGAGCUCUUGAAGAUCAAAAAUGCUGAUGAAGCUGCACGACUUUAA